AUGAAUAGUUGGAAUACAAAAAUUUAUUGCAGUCGACUUAUUCUUCUGUUCCCUCUAGCAAUCCAUCUGGUUAGCUCUUCUUUUUCUUGUGAUACAGCAGAUUUCCCACCGAAAGAAUGUAGCAAGAUAAAUUUGAAAUACGUGAAUGGAACUGCACUCCUCCAAUGGCCUGAAUGGUGUGAAGUGUUUCAUGGACAGUUGAAAUUAAGGAAUAUCGAUUUGCAGAGGGCUGAUUUUAGGAAAUUGCGUAAAAUCAAGGGAAGUGUGGAACUAAUCAACACUGGAUACUCUCGAAUGCCCCAAAUGCCGUGUCUGUCUGAAAUCGAAACGAAUGCAUCGUAUCCGGGAGUUGUGAUCCUAAACAACAAACGACUCCGUGAUAUUCGUGGAUUCGUCAACUGGGAUAGACACUUUCGAAUUCAAGGAUACACUCAAUUUCCCGUCUUUAUUUCUGGAAAUGAGCAGUUGGAUACUGUCAAUAUGCCAUCGAUCAUUCAUCACCAAUUCUCUCCGAUUUCUUGUGAGAAACGACUGACGCCCAACUACAGUAUCCAGUAUGCAGAAGGUUUGUUCCUUGACAGAUUUUUCUGUGAAAAUAAUUAA